GACUUCCUCUAGAGGACAUCAAUUGUAAAACACAUCCCAGAAUUCCCCUGGACCAGUUCUGUACCCUAUGUGGUGUUCCCUUGUGUGUGGAGUGUGCCAGCUCUAAGGAUCACAGCAGACAUCAGCUUAGAAAUAUAAAGACAUUGUUUAACAACAUUCACGAGAUAGAAGCUCACCGGAGCCGAAGGCUCAAAUGGAGAUACACUUUUGAUGUGCCUUCUUCUUCCAAUUCUUACAAAAUAAACAUGAAAGAUGGAAACUGGAUGACCAAAUGUAAUGCUGUUGCCAAAAGCUUUCAUUCAAAGGAAAUCACAAAGCCAUUUGCUCCUACAGAUCUAGAAGAAUACAAACCAUUUCUGAAACACAAUGAAUCAGAGAUCGGCUUUUCAAUUGAGGUCUUCAGACAUUUAAGUUUCCUGAACUUUUCAAAUCGUUUUGGGCUGAACUUUACUGAUAUUUUCUUUACUUGGGCAGAAAAAGAAAACAUAGCUAAAUACUGUAGAUCGUGGAAUUAUCGAAGAGGAGAGGAUGAAGUUUGCUGUUGGUUACUGCCAGAAAAAAAUGAGGAGUUUUUAGAAAGACUUGGAGAAGAUAUUUUCACGCACCCAACAAUGGAGGACCGGUCAUUCCAUGAAGCAGUAUUUAAGAAAUUUGGAAUACCGAUGCAGAUUAUCUUAAGGGGAGACAAAUCAGUGACAAACUUCAUUGAGAAUUUAAAGAAAGGGAAGACAACCAUGUACCAUGCCUCUGGGAUGAUAGUAGGGUGUGCUGGUAGUGGUAAAACAACAUUGUUAGAGAGACUGAAGGGCAUUGACUUGGAGAAAAUAAAGAAAAAUAUCAGUUCAACCCGGGGAGUCGAUAUCCACACAGAUGUCUUUGAUGUAACAGAUAACAUCCAAGAGGAGACAGAUAUUUGUAUGCCCACUCUCGAAGAAGGGAGGGGGUACUACUUUGCUGCUGCUGGUUGGUCUAGUGUUCCUGAUUACCAUUCGGAAAAUGUAGCUGAUGAUGAGGAAACGCAGGAAACGAUGGAAACACCUGAUGAUGAGAGUCAUGUCAUUCAUGCAUCAAACAGUGGACAGAUAUCACGAGAUGAUACCGACAUUAAAACUACCUCAUUCUCUCCACAACAAGGUGCCAUAUCAACUUCAAAUUUAGCAGAAGCUACGAAGGAAAACAAAGAUAUUGUUGGCCCAAAUAAUCCAGGAAUUUCAGGAAAUUUGCAGAUUGAUUCAAAAAACAUUUCAGAAUACCCAGAUAAGAAAAUUACAAUGACUGACUUUGCAGGACAAUGUUCAUAUUAUGCCUCACACCAGGUUUUUCUGAGUCCACGAGCAUUCUUCAUUCUGGUGCUGAAUAUGGAGAAAAAUUUCGAUGAUAAGGUUGGAGAAGAAGUGUGUUGUCAGGGAGGCUCCAUUUAUGAAAAGUGGACACACAGAGAUUAUCUUGAGUUCUGGAUGAAGUCCAUUCACCAAUACAGCAAUGAAAUGGCCCCUGUUCUGCUGAUUGGUACACAUAGCGAGAAAAAAACGGAAAAGGAGAUUAUGUCUUUUUUCCAUGAAAUAUGGGCUACUCUUGAAAUGAAGGACAAGACCUUGCACAGACAUCUCCAUGAGGAUAGACAGUUUGCAGUUGGAUUCCAUGACAAUGAAAGCAUUGAGAAUAUUAAGCUCUCUAUCGUUAAAGUUGUGCAAAAUCUAAAUCACUGGGGAGAAAAACUUCCACUCUCAUGGGUCAUGUUUGAAAAAUUCUUCCAGGAAAAGAAAUCCCAGAGGAUAAUGAAAGAAAUGCUGCUGGCUUUCAAUGAUGCCUUGCCAACAGGUAUAAAGCUCGAAACGGUUAAUGACAUUAAUAUUAUGCUGCAGUUUUUCCAUGACAUCAGAGAAAUUUUAUACUUCAACCAAGAACUUCUUAAUGUUGUAAUCAUUCUUGAUGUGCAGUGGUUUGCAAAUUUAUUUAAAAAUGUAAUAACAGAUAGAAAUCAUGCAGAAAAGGAUUUAUGUAGGUUUGCAUCAGACUGGAAAAAAUUUGAUCAAACUGGAGAAUUAAAUGACACUUUGCUUACAGCUAUCUGGGAAAUGAAGGGAAUAGCUUUCAGUGAACACAAAACAAAUGUCAGUGCUCUGGAGAAGCAGUUAUUAGCAAAAUUGGAUGACAAAAAAUGGGAAAUUCAGUUACAGGUGUUUGUUAUUGAAGGGAGAGUUGAGAUGUCAAAAUGCCAGGAAAUUAAGGCAGAAAUUGACCGUAUGCUUAAUGUUCUUUCCAGAACUUUCCAAACUGACUUUCGAUUUACGUUUGGGUUUAAAUGCAAAGCUUCAGGAUUCUGUGAUAGCCAAGAAAGUUCUGUGAUCAACGAAUCAGAAUUUACAAAGGCAAUUUUUCAGUGUCCUUCCUGUCCAAUAGGGAGAAAGCACAUAAUCAACUCAAAGAAUAUCACGAAAUAUUGGGUACAGGUAUAUCAUGAUGAAGUUGAGCCCUCGGAAGUUAAAGGUAUACCUAAUAGUUCACCGUUAGAGAGUGUUGGACCAAGUGAAUCACAUCCAAAAGAUAAUUUAGCCAAGAUAGUAAAGUUAUUGCAAGUUGGAACUGAUGCAGUAAGAAUCUGCUUCGAUAAAUUCCUCCCUAAAGAGGAGUUAGAGAAGACUCUGAAAGCCAAUGAAACAGACAUGAGAAGAGGACAGUUCCGAUUCCAACAACCUCAACUAGAGAUUCUCUUCCCUCCUCAAGGGACUGAAUAA